AUGCCAGAGCGGAGUACGUUAUCGCAGCGGGCCGCUCGGGCACCCAGGCGGCGGGCGUGCGACUCCUGUUCUCAAAAGAAGAUCAAGUGUGACGCAGGGUUCCCACAGUGCAAUUGGUGCGAGCACCACAGCCUGGCUUGCACUUAUAAUCGAAUCCGGAAGGCUGGCGGAAGCCAGGCGACUGUCUCUUCGCCCACAGUUACCUAUCCUGAUCCAUCCAUAACCAACGGCCUGGUGGACCAAGGAAGACCGGGAAAUCCAUUCCUGAACACCGCCUCGUAUCUUAAAGGCCACCACGUAUUCUCCGAUGAAGGCCAAAAAUGGGUCAAGUCUCAGACAGGGGAGAGAAUCAAUUUCGACAAGCUAUUCUCUCGUGAGGUUCCAUGGCUGAAACCGCUUCGUUCCGUGACAGACUCAGCGGCAACUCUUCCAGAGCUCCCUAGUAGAGCCGAGCUCGAACGGUAUAUUCAGGUGUACUGCUCAUCCUUCCAAAGUGUGAUAUUCCCCGUUCUGAGCAGGUGGAAUAUCGGGAAUACAAUAUCUCUCGCCUACAAUCCUGCCCAAUCCUUUGGUUCUGCCAGCGCCAAAUCUUGUAUCUAUUCGUUCUUAUCCCUGGUAUCCCUGUUUGGAUUCGACGAUAGCAUUCAUGGCGCCAUGGAUUGUCGAUCGUUUGCCUCCGCAGCACAGAGCUUUAUGACACCUGUGAUACAGGAAAUGACGGUUGAUGGACUCCAGUCAUUAAUAAUGCUGGUGCAACUUCAGUAUUUCCUAGGAGACCUGCAAUCUGCAGCUAUAACCUUGUCCAUCGCCACACGUCUUCUAUAUACCCUUGGGGCUCACAAAUCCCCCUCUAAUACCAGGACCUCGAACAAUUCCGUCUACGAUAAGAGCGAUAUAAACUUCCACCUGCGAGACCUAUUCUGGCUAUGCUACUCAUUCGACAAGGACAUAUGCGUAAGAACAGGCGAACCCCCGUGCAUGAACGACACGCACUGCAAUCUCACUCUACCCCCAGAUUAUAUCCAGCACCACAACGACAAUCUACAGCGGUAUACGACGCCGAUGGAGGUAACCAACCACACCAUUCCCCUCUUCCCUUGGGAUAUCCGCCUCUCAAUGCUCAAAGCAAGUGUAUACCAGAAACUCUACUCCGAGGACUCAUUGGACCAAUCGGUUUCAGAACUCCUAUCAAACAUCCGCAGCCUAGACGAGUCCCUAGAGCAAUGGAGACUCUCCCUACCAGCAGACUUCCGUCCAACCCUGUACUUCUCAUCCGAAACCCCAUUGAGCGUUAACAUAAACACACAAGCUGUUAUGCUACGGCUCGCAUACUACCACUGCGUAAUCUCCAUCCACCAAGCGAGCAGUCGGCGCCAGGGUUCCGAGGGUGAACUCGCAGGCCCGCCGCUCCAGGGCAUCACAUCGAGUAUCGGCCUGUCCAUCACAGCAAGCCGCUCGACCCUGUCCUACCUCCAAAGAGUCCUCCCCGUCGUGGAAGGGGAAUGUUUCUGGGUCAUCCUCUUCUACGCCACAACCGCCGUCCUGACACUUUUCUGCAAUAUUAUCUCUAACCCGGAGGAUGAUGAUACGCGGCACAACGUGGAAUUACUCGAGAGCGUCCUCGAGCUAAUCCACCGCAUUCCCAUCCGGAAACUGACGCUGGGCGAAGUCAUCCACUUGCAGUAUCUGGACGGGUUCACGACGGAACUUGUGGGGGUUUGCGCACGGGCUAUAUCUAGACGGAACAGACUCGCGAUAGACCAGCAGAAGUGGGUAUAG